AUGGUCUCCUGGCCAAAUUGUACACAUCCCAUAGAGAGGGAACUAGUGGGCGGUACGUAUGCAGCAAACACGCUUCAACUUCCUCUAUAUUGUAAAGUUCGUGAAUUAUUGAUUGAAACGGAUGUUUACAGAGAGUUUUUUCGAUGCUCUAAGCCCAUAGGCGAGCAGUGCAGUUUUUUCCAAUGGGUGGAUAGUGAACCGCGUACACCGGAGAUUCGUACUUCUACCUUGCCGCCUACGCCGACAUCCGGUCUAUGUUCUUUCGGCCAAACUAAUCCUGGCUCUCCUCCCUCUCCAGCAUUGAGUAUCAAGCGGAACAUCCAGGACUUGGAAGAUGAACACGCCCACGAUUGUAAGCGGCCCAGAGAUUCCAAAGCCUUCGGGUCUCAAGAAUCUUUACGGUUGACAAUCCAUUUUGCUAUGCAUAUUACCAUUUUAACGAAAGCGAUUAUAGGCAUAUCAAUAAUCAAAACACCAACUCCGGUCCGAGUCAUUGGGGUUCUUCCUGGUCUCAAAUGCCACCUCGAAGAACUGGUUGGGAUCUUGUGGCUCGACAAGAUAGCAAUGAUUUCUAGUAGUUCUCAAGAGACACUUGGGGACGAAAGUGGUCCAAGUACUGAUAUGUCCCUUGGGACUAUCAGAGAUGUUGUUCAUAAACUCAAUGUCAUCCCUGACUAUGUUCAAAAGCUUGACAGGAAGAGGAUUGCCGCAGAGAAAAGCCGCGACACCAAAAAGUCGAAGAUAGAAAGCCUUACCACUCGCGUUCAAAGUCUCGAAGAAGAAGUUAAGAAACUCAAAGCACGCGAGAAAGAACUCGAAGAGGUCAUCGCUGCAUAUGAACAAUGA